CUUUUCUGCCAGUUUUCUCUCGCGGAACGAGAAAAGCGCAUGUUUACUUCGCGGUGGGUUGUAAAUUUGGCUAAAAUUUUCGGAAAAUUCUUCAGAUUCGAGGUGAAUUUACUAUUUAGUGAUACCGGAAUUUUGUGACCAUGUCCUCAACCGAACCUACAGUGGAACCGACCACUCAAAACGAACCGGCACCGGCUGUGCCGAAAGUGAUCCUCUCCGCCGACCAGAAGGAAAUCUUUGAUCGGAUUUCCAAAAACGAAAACAGCGAGCUCAAGUUGCGUUUGGCCCGGUUCAAGCAGAGCGUAGAUUUUGUGGACGAAAAUGGCAUGACUCCGCUGCAGCAUGCGGCCUACAAGGGCAACAAGGAAGCAGUCCAGAUGCUGCUGGAUCAGGGAGCAGAUGUUAACUCCGGGAAACACGAGUACAAUUACACGGCGCUGCAUUUCGGGGCCCUGUCCGGAAGUGUGGACGUUUGUAUGAAAUUGCUGCUGGCCGGCGCCAAGGCCGAUGCGGUCAAUACGAUUGGCCGAACUGCGGCACAGAUGGCGGCAUUCGUGGCAAACCAUCAGGUCGUGGCCACAAUCAACAGCUUCGUUCCGAUCAAGGACAUUGAAUGCUACACGAAGGUUCAGGGAUCGCAAAAGGAACCAUUGCUUCCGGUUGUCCAUUUGGAUGGCUUCCACAAGUUCAUCAUGCAAAUCAACAUCCAUCCGGUGCGGAUUGCCCUGAAUCUGCAGAAAUACGGUCUCUUCAUCGAGGAUUUGAAGCGCAUCAGAAAGGUUCUGGAUGAGAUGAUGGAACGGGAAAUGAAGCGUCGGAACGAAAUCAACGAAGUGCUGGCAUUCAAGUAUCAUUAUUUGGGCUAUAUGGUCAAUGAGAUCGCCAAGUGCAGGGACUAUUUCCUGGCCCGGAAGGAUAAAGCCGAGGGUAGCAAUGGCAAGGAUCAGAAGAGCGAUUUUGUCGAGCUGUUUGCCAAACGGGUUCUGAAGCAAGGCAAAGAUGGUUCCCUGGAGUACGUGGAGGCAACGAUACGGGAAUGCGUACGAGAAUUCCCGUUCCGAGAGUGCACCGUUUUCCGGCAGGUUGUAACGCAGCUGGCCAGCAAAGAGAACCCCGCCAGUGCCCUGGAGAUUAUCAAAGCGGCCAUCAAUGGGCAGCGUGGCUUCCAGGAUACAAUUUCACUGUGCAGCUCGUGUGGCGAGGAGAAACCGGACAAAAAGUGUUCCAAGUGCAAGGAGGUGCAAUACUGUGACCGCGAGUGCCAACGAUUGCACUGGUUUAUGCACAAGAAGGUUUGCGCUCGGCCAUCGUCCACCACGGCCCAAGGGGGCCCUCCGGCCAAGGAUGCCAAGAAGGACAUCGAUUCGGCGGAAAUUAGCGAGCAGCUGCAGAAAUUGGUAGCGAGCUAAGCUAGAGAAUCGCCGGAACAAAUGAAAUAAACUUUAUACGAUUUAGUCAGUGUGUGUCUCAACAAGAGUGGAACCAAUUUUAAAAAACCUAUGUCGCGCGAGGAUCAAGUUGAUGAGGUAGUAGCAAGUUUUUUUUUCGAAAUACUGAAAAUGCUUACCAUAGAAACAAAAAACUUAGUUACAAAAUCAAUUCAACCAGUAAUAGAUAAAACAAUGUGCAGGAAAAUCAAUUACGACUAUCUGCGUGACAGUCAAUCCUUCUUUACAACUAAGAAUAUCGUAUGUGUCAUUUGCUAUCUCUUGGAUGUCAAUAAAUUAGUUUGAAAAAUA